AUGCAGCUGCUGUUAGUGAUGAUGAAACACCCGGUGCUGCUGCUAGUGGUGAUGAAACACCCGGUGCUGCUUCUGGUGGUGAUGAAACACUCGGUGCUGCUGCUCCUGGUAAUGAAACAUCCGGUGUUGCUGCUACUGUUGAUGAAACAACCGGUGCUGAUGGUGUUGAAACACCCGGUGAAGCGGAUGCUGGUGAUAACACAUGGUGAAGCUAGUGGUGGUGAUGAAACAGUCGGGGCUGCUUCUGCUGGUAAUGAAAAUACCGGUUCUGCUUCUGCUGUUGGUGAAACAGACGGUGCUGCUGCUGUUGGUGAUGAUAAAACACCCGGUGUUGCUGCUGCUGGUGAUGAUGAAACAGUCGGUAUUGCAGUUGCAGUUAAUGAAAAAGUCAGUUCUGCUGCUGUUGAUGAAACAGUCGGUGCUGUUGCUGCUGGUGAUGAUGAAAGACCCGAUGCUGAUGCUGCUGGUGAUAAAACACCCGGGGCCCCUGCUGCUAGUGAUGAUGAAACACCCGGUGCUGCUGCUGGCGAUGGUGUUGAAACACCCGGUGCUGCUGCUGCUGAUGGUGUUGAAACACCCGGUACUGCUGCUGCUGCUGGUGAUGAUGAAACACCAGGUGCUGCAGCUGCUGCGGGUGAUGAUACAUCCGGUGCUGCUGCUGCUGGUGAUGCUCAAAUAUUCGCCACUGCUGCUGGUGGUGAUGAAACACCUGGUGCUGCUACUGAUGAUGAAACAUCGGGGCUGCUUUCUGCUGGUAAUGAAAAUACUGGUUCUGCUUCUGCUGUUGGUGAUGAUAAAACACCCGGUGCUCCUGCUGCUGGCGAUGAAACAGUCGGUACUGCAGUUGCUGUUAAUGAAAAAGUCGGUUCUGCUGCUGUUGAUGAUGAAACAGUCAGAACUGCAGCGGCUGUUGAUGAAACAGUCGGUGCUGCUGCUGUUGAUGAAACAAUCACUGACUCUGCUGCUGUUGAUAAAACAGUCGGUUCUGCUGCUGCUGGGGAUGCAACAGUCGGUGACCCUGCUGCUGGUGAUGAAACUCCCGGUGCUGCUGCGGCUGCUGCUGGUGAUGAAACAUCCGCUGCCACUGCUGCUAGUGAUGAUGAAACGCUCGGUGCAACUGCUGCUGUUGCUGUUGAUGAAACAUCAGGUGCAUCUGCUGCUGUUGAUAAAGUACCCGAUUCUGCUGGUGUUUGUGAUGAAACACAGGGUGCUUCUGCUGCUAUUGAGGAAACAGUCGAUGCUGCUGUUGCUGCUGCUGCUGGUGAUGAAACAGUCGAUGCUGCUGCUGCUGGAGAUAAAACGCCCGGUGCUGCUGCUGGUGAUGAAACAAACGAAGCUGCUGCUACUGGUGGUGAUGAAACACCAGAUGCUGCUGGUGAUGAAACUCCCGGUGGUGCUGCUGAUACUGGUGAUGAAACGUCCGGUGCAGCUGCUGCUGGUGAUGAAACA